AAGUACGGGAGCUUCAUCCCCCUCACUGAGACUGACGUACUGGAGCAUCUGAAGAACAAGUGUAACACUGACCUCCAUGACAAGAAGCUAAACAUCCACUCAGAAAUGAUGAAGUAUAAAGCGGGUCUCGCCUCCACCUCUAUGAAGUGCUUCAAAGUGGACUACAACAAGCACACUCUGACCCUGGAGGACCUGUCCACACUGAAUGACCAAAACUGGGUCAACGACCAGGUCAUAAACAUGUAUGGAGAAUUGAUCAUGGAUGCUACACAGAACAAGGUUCAUUUCUUCAACAGCUUUUUCCACCGGCAGCUGGUGGCCAAAGGCUACGAAGGGGUUAAGAGAUGGACCAAAAAGGUAAAUCUGUUUUCUAAGAGGUUGUUGUUGAUUCCUAUCCACCUGGAGAUUCACUGGUCCCUGAUCACAGUGGACAUAGCCAACCACCACAUCCACUAUUAUGAUUCCCAGGGCAUCGUCUUCAAAUACACCAUGGAGAACAUCCUGACUUAUAUCCUGGCUGAGGCCGAGGAGAAGAAACACGCUGCAUAUCAGAAAGGCUGGAAGACGAUUAUAAGCAAGGGUAUUCCUCAACAGAAGAACGACAGUGACUGUGGAGUCUUCAUCUUGGAGUACUGCAAGUGCCUGGCAUUGAAAGAGCCGCUGCAGUUCACACAGGACGACAUGCCCAAAGUCCGCAAGAGGAUUUACAAAGAGCUCUGUGACUGUAAACUGAAUGACUGAUCAACCGCAGUGUCCCAGCUCUAGAGAGAGUACACCUGCCUUUCCACUGGACCGUGGGCUUUAACGACUGUUUGACCCUUAUUGUGGAAGGGCCAUUAAUACUCUAAAACAUGACGAGCCAAGAAGCUGAAUGAAGCGCAGUGGAAACGGCACACGUUGUUUGACUUAACGACAGAGACGGUGAAAACAACCAUCUGUCCUUCAGUAGAGGUCCAGCGUUGGACUUGUUUUUAUAUUCCUUGAUAAUGAGAGGCACUUUUUACUUUCUUUUGAGUUGACGUUCAAAGUUUCCACUGGCUGACUGACUGGCUGACUGGCUGACUGGCUGACUGACUGACUGGCUGGCUCACUGGCUGACUGACUGGCUGACUGGCUGACUGGC